AUGGAACCGGCUGAUUAUUUUCUACUUGGGCUGUGUAUAGUACUUUUCAUUGCGUUCUGCGUGAAUUUUCUGAUCCACAUACUAGCUAUAGUUUACGGAAAAUGGAAGCUGAGUCAGAAGCCUAUACCUGCAGUACCAGAAGAUCUCCCAGGAAUUUCCAUCAUCAAACCCUUGGUCGGAGUUGACCCAAACCUUUUUGACAAUUUAGAGACAUUUUUUAAUUUAAAGUACCCUCAGUUUGAAAUUUUGUUCUGCAUUCAGGAUGAACUUGAUUCUGUUAUAAUGAUUGCUCAAAGUCUUAUAUUAAAAUAUCCAAAAGUGGACGCAAAAAUAUUUAUAGGUAAAAAGAAUGUUGGGGUCAAUCCCAAAAUAAACAAUAUGAUUAGGGGCUAUGAAGCAGCAAAGUAUGACUUAUUUCUUAUUUCUGACAGUAGUAUUAAAAUGAAGGAAGACUCACUAAUAGACAUGGCUGUUCACAUGACACCAAAAGUGGGCCUGGUCCAACAGUUGCCAUUUGUUUGUGACAGGCCAGGCUUUGUUUCUCAUUUGGAAAAGAUCUACUUUGGAACUCAUCAUGGGAAAAUGUACUUGAAUGCAAAUUUUAUGGGUAUCAACUGUGCCUCUGGCAUGUCCACACUCUUCCGCAAAGAUAUCAUCGAGGAGGCUGGAGGGCUCGCUCUCUUUGGGAAAUAUCUUGCAGAAGAUUACAUGUUGGCGAAGGCUGUGUUAGACAAAGGAUUCAAGAUCCGCCUCUGCAGCCAGACAGCACUACAGAACUCUGGGUAUAUUUCCCUUGCAUCAUUUCAUGAUAGACUCAUUCGAUGGACAAAAUUACGCAAUGCAACUGUGGUAACAACCAUGUUCUUUGAACCACCAUACCAGUGUUUGAUGCAAGGUCUUAUCAUGGCAAAAGUGACAGAAUACUUAUUCUCCUGGUCCCCGCUGGUCUUCUUCCUUGUGCAUGUUCUUGUAUGGUUUCUUCUUGACUACAUCUUGUUGCUAGUAAUUCAGCAAGGUCCAUUACCAUUCUCCAAGUUUGAAUUCCUAGUAGGCUGGCUGCUGAAUGAGAUCUCCUACCCAAUCCUAAUCAUUCGAGCACUUUGGGAUCCAAUAAUUACGUGGAGAUCUCGGCGGUAUCGAGUUCGAUGGGGAGGCAUCACAACAGAAGUAACAUCAGCCCCACCCAUAAAACUAAGUGAAAAAUCAUAA